AUGAGCCCGUUCUUCGCCAUCAGUCCUCCCACUUAUCCAACCUCCCCCAGUUCCAUUGAUCGCAAUUCGGCGAUUCGGGCCGAUAUCUUUGGGUCUUUUAUGCCACCGUUCGCUACGCCUAUUCCUCGCACCCUAUGGAAGAUGCUCACCGCAUUGUCGAGCGAGAGAUACUGGAGCUUGGGACCCAGACGAAUUUGGUCCUUUACCUGGACGGCCUUCCUUAGAAAGAAAAAGGAUCCAUUCAAGUGCACCGAGAGAUCCUUUCGCAAGAAAGCUGUUGAGCGCGCCGACAAAUGUCUGCGUGAGCUCGAGGUUCGCGUGGACGCUCGACGCGCCUUUGCCAUGUACAUGCGCAAGAAACAGUGGACGAUCGUCGAGUGCUCGACCGAGGCAGAUCUCACGAUAGGCCUUGAAUGCAAGCCUGACGACAUCAUUGUAUCAAGAGACAGCGACAUGCCCAUGUACAAGAGCGUCGAGACUAUUUGGCGACCCAUUCCAAAAGGAAAACCCCUUGUGUACGACGUUCCAAGCGUCUAUGCGACUUUACUUGGUAUCGUAUCAAAAAACGACUACAGCCGCAACAUCCUCUCUCUCGGGAGUGCAACCAACUACAAAAUCAUCAAAGAGUUGGAUGGAGAAGACACUGCGACGAUGACGAAGCAUUAUUUGGCACAUAGUCAAGUCAUGCGCAAGAAUAUUGUCCAGGAGAUGCUUACCACUUCGCGGAAGGUUUUUAUGGAUCUUUUACAGACCCCUGUGCGGAUUGGCUCACCCCCUUCGUCCUCAGCUCAAGCUGCCAUGACCUAUGACAGUCUUCGGAAGCAGUUCGGCUGUCUUUCUCAGCGGUGCUCCCAAAUGGAGAAGGAGAUGCAAGGCGGAGAGAAGCUAAAAACUUUGAAGACGAAGGAUCUCAUAUCAGAUGGGACAUGUACAAAGAUCGACCAAGGCAUUCCGGCGAUCGAGAAUUUCGUGCUUUCGAGCCAGUCCAGCAAGAGUUAUCGUCAGACGGCUCCGCUAACAGGCACGAAUCAGCCUUUCAUGUCGUUCUCUGAGCGUGAGCUCGGUAUCCUGAUUAGACAAAAUGCUGCGCUGAAGAAAAAACACCAGGAGCUAGUACUGGUGGACUAUCAGCACAAGGACAUCAUUCCUGCCCAGUGUGACCUAACCGAUUGGCUUGGGCAGAAAGCUCCUGGGCUCCUUAUCACAGAGAUGCUUUUGAACGUCGGCAGGCGUGAGCCACCCAAGGAAGUGGAUUAUUACUUGACCGAGGUUCGAAAUAUAGUGAAGACCCAGCAGGAUGUCAUUGACCUUUGGGGAUGUGCGCCAGAUCAAACCAAGAUCCUGGGUCUCGAUCUCGGGCAAGCCUUUGUAGUCGGAGUCAGCGAGUUGCUACCAAAGAUCGGCGAUCCUCGAUUGCUCUAUCUGCAGCUAGUAGAGAAGGACGGGCACUACCCUUGGAUGCAAGAUGCAAAACCUGCGAGAACAAACACAGAAGCCAGGGACAGUAGCAGCAGCAGUGGCGCAGCGAGGCAUGAGCAAGGACAGGGACUAGCUGGAGAACGCAAGUGA